CCAUCCGCACCGUGGAUCCCUUGCCGAAGGAGAAGCGCCAGCGCCCUUCUGCUACCGCGAUCCCGGUUGAUGAUUCUUUUUUCAGGAGAAACCUCUCGGCUGCAGCAGCUGCUGCGGCCGCAGCGGCUAAUGGGGACUCUAGGUCGUCAUCGAGGUCUUCGCGAUCUAGCAUGGAGAGGUCUGGAUCGAGCAGGGAGAAGUCUGGGAGGGGGUGGAAGAAGGGACGAGAGCGCAGCGAUCGUGAUGGUAUCCGUGAGCUCGCCCGUGCGAUCGAGCGUUUUGCGGAGAUUUAUGAGAAGGUGGAAGGUGAUAAGCAGCGGCAGAUGAUCGAGCUGGAGAAGCAGAGAAUGGAGUUCAUUAAGGGGCUGGAGUUUCAACGCAUGCAAAUGUUUGUGGAUACUCAGGUUCAGAUGGAGAAAAUUAAGCGCAUCAGGCGCUCUGAUUCUGAUGGUUACUCUUAGGCCAUGGAUCACUGAUCUUCAAUUUUGCUGGGCUUCUGCAUUUGGUUGAUGAAAAGUUAGCUCUUUAGGUGGUGGUGUGUAUUUCUUCUUUAUUAUGAGAGGGAACCAAGAACCUCGAAACCUGUAUAGCUCUAGGGAUUAACAUCUGAUUGAUAUUUCUACGUAUUUGUUGCUUUUGCUGAGAUUAUUUAGGAGCAAUUUGAUGGUCCUCAAGUUCUGUAAUGGUCAUAUAUGAGUUAGUUAUCUGUGCUGGUUUUCUGAAGCUGAAUUGAUGAACUUUGAAUGAGCUUUUGGGUCAUGC